AUGUGGGAUCAGCUACCGGAGCUGAUACUGACGCAGAUAUUUAGUCACCUCGGUCAUGGAGAUCGUGCCAAUGUCGCACAAGUCUGUCGACUGUGGAACCGUGCACUUUCGUCGCCAGUUCUUUGGCGUUCCGUCACAGUCUUCAUCGAUCGUGAUCUGCGUGGUGACUUCCCUUUGGCGGGAGAACUAACCGCAAAAUAUUGGCAGCACAUACGAUGCCUGGAACUUGCCUGGUCACGACCGUACCUCUUGCCAAGAGAAGCUCGCAUAACUCGUAAUAUUCAAGCUGAGGCAGGCGCCGAGUUUCUCACGAUCGUACGAGCCAAGAACGUUCAAUUGAAGAAGCUCAUACUCACCGACUGGAUCUUCAUCUGUAAAUGGGGAAACAGAGGCAAACUGUUGUACGCCCUCGCGAGCUUUUUAGGCUGUCAGCAUAAUUUGGAAACGCUAAGUUUGCUGAAUGCGACCCUCGGAGUGAGCGACGUGUUGCGACUUCUCGCGAGUGCUUCCAAAGGCUCGACCGAGCAUCUGGCUUAUUUAGAUCUUCGGGGUGCAUUUCGGGAAUGGCAGGCGCCCCACAGCAAUCCAAGGCAUGAGUAA